UAGUCGCUCUCUCUCGGUCGCCGCAUAUGUGCGUGUGUGUCGUCGUCGUCGUCUCUUCUCUCCCUUCGAGUUAUUUUCUGUCGGCCCUGUUCCGCGGGGCACAAGGAAAUUUUUAGCCUAUUUUACCUCUCUCCGACGACUGAACACCGUAAUACAGACCCACACACACUCAUACACGUACGCGCUCACUCACUCACUCGCAAAUUCGUUCACUCACUCAGUCACACACACAUACGUUCCACUCGCCGCUGUACACACUGUACGGGCAGUCGUACGUUCCAUACACACACUGUCCCACUGUUAUACACUCACACACUCACUCACCAACACACAUUCACUCACACACGGUCCGCCGAAUAAUAUCGCCUUUUUAAUUCCGCGCGCGCGGGCGUCCGUAGUCCGUACGGUUUUUCAUACGCAUACACGCGCACCGAACACACACACACCGACACCAACACACUAGUCGUCGUGAGUUGUGCGUGUGACUUGAGUAAAAAUUAAUUUUUUUUUAUACAUAGGUAUUAUACUUAAUUCGUGUUCUCUUGUGGCCGUGUGGGUGUCGCAGUUUUUUUCGUAACAAUUUUUCGGUUCUACGUUCAGCGACGGUGACGGUGACGGUAACGAAGACCUUCAUAUCGUCGAUCACGGCUACGGCUACGGUGAUCACGACGGCGGCGGCGGCGGUGGUGGCGGCGGCAGCGACGACGACGACCAAGAGCGCGACGGUGGCGGUGGCUGCGACGACUAGACGGCCAGUGCGAUCGUUUUAGAGUGAUUUGCUGAGAAAUUCAGCCGACCAAUACCCGGGAAAACGUAUCCUGAAUUAUGUGCUGGAAUUCGCUCAGCGUCGUUGUGUACAGUGUCGUAUUCUGCGCCCUGUUGGAUUUCGGGCCCUCCAGGGUCUUGGCUGAUGAGCCCAGUUACGAGGGUAAUACAACAGUGAGAGAUGGCGACCCAUUUAAGAUAACAUGUCGUGUGUCAAUGUUCCAAGUCAUAAAAUGGCAAAAAGAUGGUCACACCCUGGUUACUGGUGAACACUUCAAUAUCAGCGAAGCAGUAACUAGUGACAAUAUGUUUGUAUCCACGAUUACAGCCAAUUCUGCAUCCUCGAUGCAUUCGGGUGCCUAUCGAUGCACAACACAGUACAACAAGUUUCAUGUACUGUAUGUGGUUACCGCUCAAGCAACUAUAAAAGCAAACUAUGACUACGGCGAUAAGUAUAAAAUAGGUGAAUAUAAAAGCAAACUAACACUUAAUUGUAAUGUUGAUGGCACUCAAGAUCAAAAGUACAUAUGGAAGUGGUUUAAAGGUGACAAUCAAAUAACAACUGACUCUGAAGACCCACACCACAUUGAUGUGAGUGGAAACACUCUGAUAGUUAAUCGUUUUGUUGAAAACGAUGCUGGUCAGUAUACAUGCAGCUUAUUCACUUCCACUAUGAGUCCAGUUGACAAGAAGGUGUUCAACGUUGUCUUAAAGCCUUACAUGAAACUGCCAAAAACAGCUACAUUUAUCGAGGGUGAAAAAAUGGAAUUGGAAUGCAUUGUAUAUGGUGUACCUACACCAGAAGUUAGUUGGAAAUUUGAAAAUACCACUCUUGUGCCUUCUGAACAUAUUAAAUUUUUACCUAACAAAAAGAAUAUUUCCAAUGCCAUCUUAGUUUUGGAUCCGAUCACAAUGAAUGAUAGAGGAAACUUCAUCUGCAGUGGAAAAAAUAGUGUUGUCUUUGAGCCUGUACACUCUGCUGCUUCCUACGUGCGCAUUAAAGACAAAAUGGCUGCAUUGUGGCCGUUCUUGGGUAUUUGUGUUGAAGUGAUCCUUCUGUGUUUGGUUAUAUUUAUUUAUGAGAAGAAACGUAACAAGGCCGAAUUUGAGGAAAGUGACACUGACCAAGGGCCAGAGACGUAAAAACAAUGCUAACGACCACAGCGGUGGUGAUGUACGACACCGGAAAUAAUUUGACAGUUAAAUGAAUAAUAACACAUUUUAAACAAAGGUCAUAAGUAAGGAAUAAAAGUUUUAGAUACAGAUGCAUUAGGUUUGCCAGACCAAUUUUUAUUUAUGUUUUUAGUAAAAAAUGUAUCAUAGUUGUUAACAAAUAACUAAAUGAAAACAGCUAUUUGUUGUUUUGGUCCAGCUAAAACAGUGUUAUACUUACUGCUUAUUGUAUUUUUUACUCCAUAAAAUAUGAAAUUGAAAGUUUUCCCACAUGCAAAUGGGAAUAAUUCAAGUUCAAUAAUGGUAUACUAGCUGUAUUGUAUAAACCAAAUUUAGGCUCAUUGUGCAAAUCAUUUGUUCUCCGUAUUUUGUUGUGUUAUUAUUAUUAAUAUUAAUAUUAUUUUAUUUUAUUUUUUAUUAUUAUUUUUUUUACCAAAGUUGAUGUGUGUUUUUAUUUUUUAAUAAAAAAACAGUAAUCACCCCCUCCCUGCCUGUUAACCUCAAUGAUUUGUUAAAAUUUCAAUGUUAUCAUGCCUAACUUAUCCAAAUCUUAAGUUUACUGCGCUUUAACAAGCCUGAAAAUAUUGCAUUUAAUGCUCAAUAAAUGUUUAUUCCUUCAGUUCGUAAUAAUAUUAAAUUUAACCUAUCGUUUAACUAAAAGUAAACUACUUUAAUUCUGGUCAUAGAUUUAUUUUAUAGGUAGCUUAUAAUAAAAGUGUUGUUAAAAAAAAAAAUUAAUGUGAGUUACUUAUUCGUAGGUUAGUGUUAUGAUAGAGUAUUACACGCUGAUUUUAUUUCUAACAAUUUCACUUUUUGGUCUAAUUUAAUAAUAAUUACUUCCUCUGUCCCCAGCAAUAUAUAUUUAUUAUUAUUCUACUUAUAAGUGGUUUAUUUUAUUUAUAACUAGUAUAUUAAGGGUGCUUAUCAAAUUUGAAAGUUGCCCAGUUGGAAAUUUAUUUUUAGCAAUAAGCAUAAAUUAAGUUUAAAUCGUAUAUGAUCGUAUAAAAUUAUGUUUAUUAUUAUGUAAUAUAUAUAUAAUGUCACUGCUUGUUGUUAAAUUGUUGUAAUGAAAUUUAAAAAAACUUUCUUCAAAACAUAACUAAUUUAAGCCUAUUAACGUAGUGACAUUACAAUCAGUUUUUUGACACCAGAAAGAGAGAUAUGAAACGUUAAUAUUUUAUUUCCUAUAUAUUGGUGUGAACCAUCUUAUUUGUUACUCGUAAGACCUUUUUAUUAUUUAUUCAGUGUUAUAUUUGUAGAAUUUGUUAAAAUUAAAAAUAAUAUUGUUAGCAUUAAAUCAUUAAUUUCAUAGUUA